GCCCUAGAAGGUACCAUGUUUUACCUGGGUUGUCAGUUUGUAGCGAGGUUUAGAGGCGCCUGCGUCACUGGACCAGAUACCCUCAGAGACCCAAGUGUGACGGGUCUUCCAGCCAUGAAGACCUUUGUUUACCUGGCGGGAGUCCUCGCUGUGGCCGCCGCCCAGAGUCUUGGCAACAUCACAAGCUUCCUGCAGAUCAGAAAUGGUGACGGAGAAGUUACAAUGGAGUGGCGCUUCGUGGAGGGCGACCCAGCAUACCCGCUCCUCAAGUACACCCUUGUGACUGACAGCGAUGUCUCCUCCGACGUCUACUGCAUGACCACUCUCUGCUACCACACCGUCGACAACCUGCAACCCUGCGUCACACACACGUUCGACCUCGUCCCCAUCUUCAACGACACCACGACCGGCGGAACGCUUGAAGGAAACAACGCUACAACCACCGGAUUUACGAAAGAUGUCGUUCCUGGACCUCCUCAGGACGUGGUCGUGGGACCCAUCACCCAGACGUCCAUUCAAGUCCAGUUUAACACCUCCAUCGUCAACCCACUCUGCGCCGACCAAUACGUCAUCUCGUAUGGCGCCGUCAUCACCAGAGCUGGCCGCAGGUCCCUCCUCCAGGUAAUGGAUGAGUACGACUUCGUUGUCACCCUCAGCCCACUCCAGCCCUGCACCAACUACUCCAUCUGGGUUAUUGCCGAGAGCUACACAGGAUUCGUCAGCGAUCCGGUCAUCGUAUUUGCUGCUACCCUGGACGCUGAGCCCGACCCCGUGAGUGACCUUCAAGUGACGGACGUGGACACGAACGAACUGACCAUCUCAUUCGAGCCUCCAGAGACCAACAGACACUGCGUGAAGGACUACGACAUCGAAGUCGUUGACCUGGACCAGCCGGAACUUGCGAGCAGACGAGUGUCCGCGGCAGUCCAGUACUUGAUCACAGGUCUGGAAGCCUGCACCAACUACCUGAUAAUGGUGCGAGUGGUGUCACCAGGCGGGAACGCGUCCGCCUGGCAGGAGGUUAACAACAGGACCCUGGACGCUAUACCCUCCGCGCCCCAAAACUUGGCAAUGACUGAAGCGACCACCAGCUCCAUCUCGCUCCAGUGGUACCAGCCUGACACUAACAGCCGCUGCGCCAGCGAGUACAUACUUACUUGGGAAGACAGCGAAGGCAAUCCCGGUGGUCCCGAUACAAUUACUGAUCCAACGAGCUUGUCAGUGACGUACACAGUUGAAGGUCUGAUGGCGUGUAUAGACUAUACAUUCACUCUUGUUGCAGAGUCUGGGGCCGGCGAGAGCGACCCCACACAGCUGACACAAACUACCCUCUGCACCUAGCCCAGCAGCUUCCAAUCCGGGGUGCCCCGGGAGGCGCCACCAACCCUUCACGGCUGACAUGCACGAACCUGAUCGUUGGAACUGAUAGGAUUGGAACGAAUUGAAAGAGCCGAAUGUUGUCUAUGCCCUUACUACCAACUUGGGGACUGUCAGCCACACGGAUCUUAUUAUAUAGGGAAGAAAACAAUACCUUUCUCAAGGUGUCUAACAAUAUACGAAAAACAAAGAUCUUCGAUCGACAAAUAAAACGAAAUUGUAAGAUUAGACACAGCUGAAGUACUACAGAUCACGCACUCGUCCAACUAUCAACUGCCAGAUUACUCUUUAAGUAUAUUGUACCAUCCAGGAGACCAAGACACAGGUGCCAGCUCAUACCUCACUUACUGCCCCACAGACAUCGACCACCGCACCCGCUUCAUCCUGAAGUGUGUAUGUAAUGUCAAACCUGAUACUGUGUAUUAACUGCCCUCUGUCUCCGUAGAUACCGAAGGACCUUCAGCGAAACUCACUCUCUAGCGGCAUGCGUCAGGUCAAAUAAAAUUGUAAAAUAAACUUUAUAGAGUUAAGUUUUUUAACUUUCUUCGUAAGUGAAGAAGAAAAUAAGAAACAUGAAGAUU